AUGGGCGGUUAUUUAUCAACAUUCACAAAGCUCCUUUGGGCCAAGAAGGAAAUUCGGAUACUGAUCCUGGGGCUUGACAAUGCAGGAAAGACGACACUAUUGUACAGAUUGAAGAUCGGCGAGGUCGUCACCACAAUACCAACAAUAGGCUUCAACGUCGAAUCCGUAACCUACAAAAACCUCAAUUUUAACGUCUGGGACCUCGGCGGGCAAACCUCGAUCCGGCCCUACUGGCGCUGUUACUACGCCAACACUGCCGCCGUCAUCUUCGUCAUUGAUUCCACCGACAUCGAGCGCCUCACCACGGCCUCAGAAGAACUCCGCGCCAUGCUCAACGAAGAAGAGCUACGUGACGCCGCGCUCCUCGUCUUCGCAAACAAGCAGGACCAGCCGGGUGCAAAGGGUGCAGGGGAAAUCAGCGAGGCGUUGAAGCUGGGAGAACUGAAGGACCGGAAUUGGAGUAUUGUGGCGUGUAGUGCGGUGGACGGGAGCGGUGUACAGGAGGGCAUGGAUUGGCUUGUUAGUAAUGUCGGGGACGGGCAGAAUUGA